GUCAAACAAGCUAAAGUGAAGAAGUAAUUAAGACUUUAAUUCUCGGUUUUGGAGGGGACGGAACUUUUGGGACUCUGUAUAUCUGUAUAAAGUCAGAUUUUAAUCUAACAAUUUAUUGCAGAAUUAAUAAAAAAAACUACAAUGUCACAAACAACAAUCACUUCAUACUUCAAUAGUAGAAAACGACCUGCAACUGAAGAUAUUGUAAGUUCCAAAAGCAAAAUAGCUCAUAUCGACGAUGCAUCAUUAAAAAAUAAAAGGAUAUUUCGUAAAGGUUCAAAUAUCCACGAAGAACUAAGCUCAAAAUCAUAUGAAGUCAACGAAGAUCCAAAAAAAACUGAGAAUGAAAGUCUAUUGACGCCAGUAGGAUCCGAGGUACAAGAAAAAAAUGGAGCUGCUUUUGCAAGAAAAAAUAAUGCUGCCAAUUCACGAAAUCAAGAAAGCGAACCCACCAAAUCGGAAUCCUUUAAUUCGUUAAAUUCUGCUCGUAAAGAGCUGAGCUUAGGUGUUCUUAAGAAAAAAUUAGCUGGAAGUUCGAGGUUAGCAGAAUUACGAGCUUCUGCUGAUCGAAUCAGCAAAGGAAUCCAACAACUCAAAGAGACAACUGAAAAGAAAAACCUCAAAGAAUUUAAGUCUAUUGAUGUGGAAGUCCCUUUAAGCCCAAGUAAGAGAAGUAUAAUUCAUAAUGAGGUGCCAACACCUAAAAGUAACUCUAAACAUAUUAAAAAAAACAUAGAGAAAACUCUAAUUUCUCCGAGGAAGGUUGUUGUAAGCCCUGUCAAAAGUCCAAAUAAGGUGCCAGCAUAUAUAAGACAUGCAUCCUUAGCUACAUCCUCUACCAGCUUACCUUUACCACAUCAGUAUAGAUUCCUUGCUGAAGUCUUCCGUGGCAUGGAGACUGUUGUGGCUUUACUUUAUAAUAGAAAUGAAAAAAUUACAUUUUCAAAGCUUAAACCUUCUGUUCAAGAAAUGUUGAAGAGAAACUUCACUGAAAAACACUUGGCACAAAUAAAAUGCCUUGUUCCUGACUUUUACAAUUUUGAAUUUAAAAAAAUCAAAAACUUUAGCACUUCUUCUCAUAAAGAAUCUUAUGAAAUGAUUUUAACUCCAAACUUUCCCAAAGAUUUCAAAUUUAUGAAUCCCAGUGUUUUACUGGAGAGGCGUAGAUAUUUCUAUGAUAUAUUGCUUCAGCUAGUGAAAAAGCAUCAUGCUCAAUAUUUAUUGAAUUUGGAUCCUCCAAUGGUUAUUCCUGAUGACAAGCUUACUCGCUGGCAUCCCGAAUUUGAACUUGAAAAGUUACCAGAAGUAGAAUGUGCCAAGCUCCCAGAAGCACCUAAUGUAGAAAAAUUUUCAACUGCUCAAGAUGUAUUAGCUAAGGCUAGGGAGUUAUUUAAAUGCAAUACAAAAAUGGAGAGGGCAAUGGAGAAACUAGCUCAAGCUAGAGCAUGUGGUGAAACCAAAGAGGGAAAACCAGCUAUUGGGUUAACUGAUUGUAACCAGAAUAAGCAGAACAAUGUGAACACACAAACUGUUCUACCGAGUGUAAGUGAAGUAACUAUUUUAAAUCCUGCAUUGAGAAAUUUACCAGCCUCCUUACUAGAGAAAGUCAAAGCAAAACAAGCUGCUAAAGCUCUUGAGGCUAUGACCAGAUCAUCAGAAAAUGAGAAAAAGUAUUUGAUUUACAGCCGACUUCCAGACCUCGCUAGGACAUUGAGAAACAUUUUUGUUACUGAACGUAAAAAUGUUUUAGCCUUAAAUAUCAUUCUUUCUAAACUAGAGAGCAGUUUUAAAUCUAAUAUAUCUGCAAAUGAUCUUCAAAAUGAUAUCAAACUGCUCUGUGAAGAAGUUCCGGAGUGGAUAAAACUACAUGACAUUAGGAAUAACACCUACCUCAAGCUUGAUAAGAAUGCAGAUUUGAAAACUAUCAUAUCUAAACUGGAGGCUUUGUCUGCAAAAUAUAAAAUCAAUUAAUUUUUCAGAUAUAAGGUUAAUGAAUCAAGACUGAGAUUAUAACUUAGUUUGUCUUAGUUGUAGUAACUCAUUUGACUUCUUGAAUCUUUCUUUGAUAUAUUUUUAUGUGAUUCUUAAUUAAAUUGUAAGCUACCUGUAUUUAAUUCAAGUAAAUUUUGGUUCAAGAUUAAAUUAGACAUGUAAGCAAUAUUGACAUUUUAGAUCACUUAAUUCUUUAUAAUUUAAAUUAAACCAGGACAUUGUUAUGUCAGAUGACAUUUCAAAUAUUUCAAAAUAUAUUAAAUUAAUAUAUGAUUGAACAGAUUAUAAAAAUUAUGGAAUUAUAUUGUCACUAUCACAAGACAUGAAGUGCCUUUGAAAAGAUUGUUUUAAAUUAGUAUGCAGGUUUUUAAUAAGUAUUUUAUAAUUAUGUAACGCUUUACUCCUUAGUAUUGAUUUGAACAGUUCAUUCAAUAGGUACUUUCAAAAUUAUGAACUUAAUUUUAUUUGUUUUUAUUAGUUAGUUUUUUAUUUUUACUGUGUGGUAUUUUUUUCUUUAAAUAUUUCUUUUGUAAAUUAUAAUUAUUGCUCAUAAUAAAACUAUGCAAAGAUG